UAUCCAGGAAGUAGAAAAACAUCAACAAUCCUUCCAGGUUCCUGGCUAGGGCGAAGUGUCAGUGUAGCCUAGCAGCGAAGUAGCUAAGCUUGAUUUUCUUGGGGUUUUCGCAGAUUUGUUUUAUUAUUUAUUUUUUUAGAAUUAGUGUAACGUUAACUGUAGCACUCCAGAUAUGUCGUUGUUGGCUAAGAUAUUUGGAGGAGGAGGAAAAGGAGGAAAGGGACCGAGCCCACAGGAGGCGAUCCAGAAACUCCGAGAGACGGAGGAAAUGCUAACGAAGAAACAGGAAUUUCUAGAGAAAAAGAUCGAUCAGGAACUACAAAUUGCCAAGAAAAACGGCACGAAAAACAAAAGAGCGGCUCUGCAAGCUUUGAAAAGAAAGAAGCGGUAUGAGAAGCAGCUCGCUCAGAUCGACGGCACGCUGUCAACCAUCGAGUUCCAGAGAGAGGCUCUGGAGAACGCCAACACCAACACUGAAGUGCUCAAAAACAUGGGCUUCGCUGCCAAGGCCAUGAAGUCUGCCCAUGAAAACAUGGACAUUGACAAGGUGGACGACCUGAUGCAGGACAUUACCGAGCAGCAGGAGCUGGCCCAGGAAAUCUCUGACGCCAUCUCUAAACCUGUCGGCUUCGGAGAGGAGUUUGAUGAGGAUGAGCUGCUGGCGGAGCUGGAUGAGCUGGAACAGGAGGAGCUGGACAAAAACCUGCUGGAGAUCGGGGGACCAGAGAACGCCCCCCUCCCCAACGUGCCUUCUACUUCAUUACCUUCCAGACCUGCCAAGAAAGAGGAGGACGAGGACGAUAUGGAGGACCUGCAGCGCUGGGCAAUGGAAGCCAUGUAAACGCAGCAUCUGCCACAUCAUACCUGCAUCAGAGAGGGAAGAGGAAGGAGCAAGUGGAAUGAAUGGACUGAUAGGAUGUUGUGUAUGAGUAUAUUUUUGUGCAUCUGAAGAGAGCUGACUUGAUGUAACACUACAAAAAAGCAAAAAUGCUGUAGACUUUGUUUUCAUGUCCCCUUCACGAAUACAGAGACCCCCCCGGUUGCUCAGCCAACGAGCCAGUAUACAAUAUUUUUACCCUCAAUUUUACCCACACUACUAGCACUUAAUGGUCAUUGACUGGGCUGGGCUAUUUCAGCACCCACAGAGUUCAUACUGAGGUGUAAUAAUAUGAGUUCUGUGGUGCAAAAACAGAGUUGUAGUCGGAUCAGUGUUACAGGCUGUGUGACGUUGCCAACGUCACUGGACGACAGGGCGGAAUUUUCAUCGGGGCUUAAUCCUCAAAGAUCCGUGUCCAACUCACAUGUUUACCUGUUUGUGGCGUUAAACUGGCUCGAUGUUUGUUUUUUCUUCUUGACAAAAAUAACCUUUGCUCUCUGUUUUUUGUUGACGCUGUUUAAAAUAGGAGAACAGCUGAUCCGAACCUCUACUUUUGUUUCAGGUUGUGUGCUUUGUCCCUUUCCCUCCUCCUCUCCUCUUCCACUCCUGUCGCCAUUUCAGCGACUUUUACCUCCCUCAAACGCGUUUUCACCAGUGGUUCUUGUUAUUUGGUGUAAAUAUCCCAAAUGUGUCUCUUUUUAUAUACUGUAUUUCUGUCAUCACUGAGAGGUUUUAUUGAGGUUGUGUGAAGCAUGCAACAUUGGGAAAUCACAACACAGAUCACAAUACACGGCUAGAAGGAGAUGUUAAACCUCCAUUUCAUCCUGCUCUGUCCGUCUCGGUCCUUCUCAUAAGGGUUUUUGUUUCAAACUGUAUAAUGUUGAAUAAUAAUAAUAAUAAAGUAUUGUCACACCAUAUUAACUGCAUCUUAAAAGGAGAUGCUGGUUUGUAAAAGAUUAGAUUAUAAUUGAUCUACAACAUUUUGGAGUUUUAAAGAGUUAGUACAUUCUUUUUCAAAGUCAUCAUGUACAUUUUUUACAUAGACAAAAAAACAUAACACAAGGAUGGAUGGACAAGCAUGUUUGCAUUUCUAUGUUUUAUUUAUCCAGAUGAGAAUAUUAUUUGCAAAAUCAUUAAAGGUUUUCAAUUCU